UCGAUUCGAUCAGUUACGAGCGGGCCAUCAAAGCGUACGGUUCGGUUAAUUAUAGUGUGAGAAAGAGUCGAAUCCCGCGACGACUUAUAGUUUUAAUCAUCAUUUUUCCUUUUUUUCAUUUCCACAUUUUUUUUUUAUUUCAUUCGUUCGAUAUCGUUUGUUUCUUUCGUUUCUCGUUCGAAAUUUCGGUUUUCCUAUCUCAUAUUACUCUAAUUACAUAUUGAAUUUUGAUUUUUGUUUUUGUUUUUUUGUUGUUGUUUGGCUUUCGUCUCGUUUAAUUCGAAAUUCUCGUUGUUGCUGCCACGGCCAAAAGCUAAAUGUCCUUUUUCUAAGUGAACUCGCGUCAAUACGGUUUUACGAACGGAAGAGGAUUUUUUUUCUCUCUCGCGAAUUCGAAACAAAAUCAAGUUGAAUUUAUUUUCGGUCAUCGAAAAACUUGUAUAUUUUAGCCGUUUAGAAAUUAUCGAACAUUCGUUAUGAACAUUAGUUCGUUUUUAAAACUUUUCGCGGCUCUUGUGUGCAUACUGUUGGCAUUUGUCUCGCUUCCGGCAACGGUAGAAUGUGCGAAAAAAGCCUCCGGACCAUCAGCACCUGAAGUGCAUGAGCCAGUCAUCGAAGAAGUGACCCAAAAGCAGCUUGAGCGAAUCUUACAGGAAAAAGAUUAUGUUGCCGUUUAUUGGUAUGCAAGAAGCUGUUUAACUUGUGAUAAAGUAUUGGCCGAACUCGAGAAAAUCGACGAUGACACUGAUUCGUUUGGUGUUGAUUUUGUGAAAAUAAACGACAAACGACUGGCUAAACAAUAUGGUAUCAAAAACUUCCCAGCACUCACAUACUUCAGAGAGAAAGAGCCAAUUAUUUAUGAUGGCGAUCUCAUGGAUGAGGAAGGUGUUCUCGACUUCUUGACAUCAUUAGAAGCCAUGGACCUUCCGGACCGUAUCGAAGAAGUCAAUGCGAAAAUUCUUGCGAAAAUUAUCGAAGAAACCGAUUAUGUAGCCGUUUUAUUCUGUCCUGACCAUAGCACUUGUGAAACAAGGGGAAAAGCGAUUACGGAAAACAAGCCAGAGUGCAAACGAUGCACAAAAGCGCUGCAAGAACUCGAAAACAUCGACGACGAAGCGGAUCAAUUGGACAUUGGUUUUGUGAAAAUACACGACGAAGCAUUGGCCGACGAAUAUAACCUUGGCGCAUUGCCGGCAUUGGUCUACUACCGACAUCAAAUUCCAAUUUUGUAUGAAGGAGAACUAUCAAAAGAGGAGGAUGUAUUAGAAUGGUUGAUUGAGAACAAAUCGACUGGUGACGAUGAAGAGGUUAUCGAAGAUGUAACAGCCAAAACGUUGAGCACAUUGAUUGGCAAUGUGGAUAAUUUGGUCGUAUUGUUCUAUGAUCAUGGAAUAGACGAUUCAAUGACGGUGCUUGAAGAGCUCGAGAAAAUUGAUGACGAUUGUGAUAAGCAUGGCAUUCAAUUUGUGAAAAUUGAUGAUGAUCGCACAUCGCGCGGCUACGGCAUUGAAAGUGUACCGGCCAUUGUGUAUUUUGAGAAACAAGUGCCGAACAUUUACAGCGGCGAUUUGCUUAAUGAAGAAGAAAUUCUGCAUUGGCUCGUAUCGCAAACGGAAAAAGAUGAGAUUGAAGAUGUGACUGAGGAGGCACUUGACAAGAUGGUAAAAGACGGAGACACGUUGGCCGUGCUUUUCUAUGAUAACAACGAUGAUCGAUCGCAAAAAGUGCUUGAAGAGCUGGAGAAUAUUGAUGAUGAGUGUGACGCGCUUGGCAUCAACUUUGUGAAAAUUGAUAAUACUGACGAGGCCAAAGAGUAUGGAAUCGAUAGUGUACCGUCAUUGUUGUACUUUGAAAAGGGCAUCCCGACCGUUUUUGAGGGCCGCCUGGAAGAUGAGGAAGCCGUUUUGAAAUGGUUGGAACAGCAAACAACAUCUGAGAGUAUAGAGGACGUAACUGAUGAGAUGUUGGAUCUGAUUUUAGAAAAGAUGCAAUACGUAGCAGUUCUAUUUUAUGACAAGGAUCAGAAAAAAUCACAAAAAGUUCUCAAUGAAUUAGAGAAUAUUGAUGAUGAGUGCGACCAAAAUGAUAUCGCUUUUGUUAAGAUCGAUGAUGACAAGGAAGCCGAAGAGUGGGGCAUUGACGAAAUUCCAACAAUCGUAUUCUACGAGCGUGGUAUUCCACACAUCUACGAAGGUGAUUUGAUGAAGGAAGAAGACCUGCUCGGCUGGCUCAUCCACCAAAAACGCCAUUCAGAAAUUCCGGAAGUAACUGACGAAAUGAAAGACAAACUGGUAGAGAGCACCAAACACUUGGCUGUUAUUUUCUACGAUAAGGAUGACAAACAAGACAUGCGUGUGCUUAACGAAUUGGAAAAUAUCGAUGAUGAGUUAGAAAAGGAAGGUAUUGUCAUCGUUCGUAUUGACAAUGCUGAUGAGGCCAAGGAGUACGGUUUGGAUCACUUGCCAGCUUUGGUUUAUUUCGAAGAUAAAAUCCCAGCAUUGUAUGAAGGUGAUUUAAUGAACGAAGACGAAGUUUUGGAAUGGUUGAUUGUGCAAAAAGAAACUGCCACCAUUGAAGAGGUGACAGAUGAAAUUUUAAAAGAUCUUAUUGAGGACCACGAAUAUGUUGUUGCCUAUUUCACCGGUCCAUGCGAAGAAGGUGAUAGAUGUGAUGAUAUUUUAGACGACUUGGAAAAUAUUGAUGAUGAGUUGGACGAAGCGGGUAUCAUUUUUGUCACAACUGAAGACACAGUUACGGCCAAGAAAUUGAACAUCAAGACCUUUCCUCAGUUGGUAUUCUUCCGUAAUCGUGAUCCAUUGUUCUACAAAGGCGAUCUCGAGGAUGAAGAUGAAGUGUUGUCAUGGCUCACCGAUGAAAACACCUUGGAAAUUCCAGGCAAAAUCGAGGAGGUAAACUCAAAGAUGCUCGAGAAGAUUCUGGGCGAAAAUGAUCAUGUCGUCGUUUUCUUCUAUAGAGAAGGUGACAAGAAAGCCCAAAAGAUUUUGAACGAAUUGGAAAAUAUUGACGAUGAAUGCGAAGAGAAGAACAUUGACUUCGUGAAAACAUCGGACGAAGGUAUUGACAAGGAAUACGAUUUGGCUGAAUUGCCCGCACUUGCCUUCUAUCGCAACAAGUUCCGUACGAUCUACUCGGGAGAUUUGAUGAAAGAGGAUGAGAUCUUGGAAUGGGUUUUGGAUUUGUACGAAUCAAAUCCAGAUGUUAUUGAAUCAGUCGAUCGCAAAACAUUGCAAGUUUUAAUCAACGACGUUGAACAUUUGGCCGUAUUUUUCUAUGAUGACAAAUGUGCGUCAUGCCCAAGCAUUUUGGAAGAGCUUGAAACAAUCGAUGACGACACUGAUGAACACGGAAUCCAAUUUGUCAAAUCGAAUGAUGUUAAACUUGCCCAUGAAAUCGGCAUUUUUGCAUUUCCGGCUUUAGUAUACUAUGAAACGGGCGUUCCAAUCAUGUAUGAUGGUAAUCUCAAGAACGAAAAACGCGUUCUGCAGUGGCUAAUUAAUCAGAAAAGUGCUACGGAUGAUGACGCUGAUUCCGAAAAAGUUGAAGAUUGUGGUACCGAUGCAACAGCCAAUCGCAAUGCGUUUGAACGUAUUCGCUCAGCAAAUAAAAAAUUAAAACGUCCCGCGAAUCGAAGAACGAUAAGUAAUAAAUUAGGGUCUGACCAAACCUAUUCAACUGCUAAUAAUGACGAUAAUUUUAGUAGCUAUGGCAAUGACAUCGAUGACAUAGUCGAUAGCAAGCAAACAGCUACCCCAGCCGCCGCUACCCAAUUAGACAUACAUUUUAUGUGGAUCUUUCUCAAAGAUCUUCUCACAAGUCUCGUAAGCACAAAUGACCACAACGAAACCAAUGAAAAUACCAAUGAUAUUAAUUUCGAACUGAACACUCACUGUGACUACCUCGAUGAUAGCAAUUAUCUCACCAUCAUCGAUGGUGAUCUGAACGAUGACGAUAAUUCUCAAAAGCAUAAAUUACUUGAACAAAAACUUCUAGAUGACGAAUGUUUCUAUGUUGGAAUGGCUCAUCAAGCGCAAUCAGCUCGCAAAGGCAAUAAUUAUGUACCGAACGAUUAUCGACCAUUUCAAUGCUGUCCAACGAAAUUGGAGCGUCAAACGCGCGUGCCAAAAAUGUCGGCGCAAAAAUUAAGCCAUCAAAAGGACUCCGAUGAUAAGUCACGCAAAUCGCAAUUCGAAUUCAACGAUGCAAAGUCAAGCAGCAGCAGUAGCAGCAGCAAAAGUGCCAGCGGCAGCAGUUCCCGCAAGAGUGAUGGCAAAUCAAAGGCUGCCAACGAAUCGAAAUAUAGCAGCUCAUCCUCAUCGAAAAAGUCGAGCAACAGCAAAAAAUCCAAACAAAAUAACGAUGACGACGAUGAUAUUGUUGUCCCGGUGAAGGAGCUUAAGAAAGCUGCACCAAAAGGCAAAGACACAAACAAAGCAAAACCAGAUGAUCCAGAAGAUCCAGAUGCACGACGCAUUUUGCGUCACAUUGAAUUGAUCGAUGAUGAAGCAUCCGAGUAUGGUAUAACAAUAGUUAAAACCACCGAUAAACUAAUGGCAAAAAAAUAUGGCUACAGAAAGUUACCGGGAUUGACAUACUUUAGAAAGGGCAAGAACAUCAACUACGACGGCGACAUUGACGACGAAGAAGAAAUCCUUGACUGGCUCACGCUACCAGAUAACAUGGAAAUGACCGAUCAUAUUGAGCGGGUCAAUCGCAAGAUGUUUCAAAAAAUUCGACAAACAUCUGAUUACUUGGCAGUUUUUCUAUACAGUGAUGAUUGCAAACAGUGUCCCCGAGUACUGGCAGAGAUUGAGCACAUUGAUGACGAGGCCGAUGGUGCGGGCAUUAAUUUUGUAAAAAUUGAUGACAAAUCGAUGGCCAAGGAGUUUGGCGUCUUUGCAUUGCCGGCCAUCCUAUUUUUCCGUCAACACUCCAAAGAGCCAGUUAUUUAUGCCGGUGAUUUAUACGAAGAAGAUCAAAUCCUAAAUUGGCUAAUGACACAAAAAGAUCCAGGCGGUGAUGUGAUUGAAGAUUUGGAAGGACAACGACUCAUCGAUUUGAUUGCAGAGUCCGGUUCAAUGGCCGUUUACUUCUGGAACAAGACCCUUUGUGACAUAUGCAGUUCAAAAACAAUACGAAAAGCGCGCAUGAAAAAGGAAAAAGAGGCGCCGCCAACUAUCAUCGAACCACCAUCAACUGAUAAUGUUGACGAAUUGGCCACGACCACAGCACCACCACCGCCACCCCCAACAACACCAACGCAACAUCAUCACGGCACACAUGAUGAGGAUACCGACGACUGUGAACAAUGCACGAAGACAUUGGAGGAGCUGGAAAAUAUCGACGAUGAUUGCGAUCGGCAUGGCAUCACCUUUGUCAAAACAAAAGAUUUUUCCGUUGCCGAGCAAUUCGGUGUUCAUGAUUUCCCUGCGCUUGUCUACUUUGAAAGCAGUAUUCCGAAUGUAUUUGAAGGUCAACUGAAUGAAGAAGAGGAGGUGCUGCAAUGGUUAAUCACGCAAAAAACCGAAGAUCGUAUCGAACUGAUAACAAGGCAAAUGCUUGAAACAAUGGUCGAGGACACUCAGUAUUUGGCUGUCUAUUUCUCACCUGAACGGUUUCAAAAUCAGCCAUCUUAUUGCCGAAGCCUUUGUUCACCUCUUCCAAAAAAACUAAAAAUCAAGGACUCACAGAAUCCAUUAUUGCUAGAGUAUUUGGAACGUAAAAAGCAAAUCGUAGAAAAGCAAGAUAAAAUCAAUUGCAAUAUUUGCGAUCAAAUUCUCGAAGGUCUUGAGUUGAUCGACGAUGAAUGCGAUGUGUUUGGUAUUCACAUGGUGAAAAUACAGGAUCCACAAUUGGCCAAACGGUAUUCGAUUAAAACGUUCCCCGCACUCGUUUACUUCCGCAACGGUAAUCCAUUGCUGUUCGAAGGUGACAUGCAAAACGAACAAUCCGUGCUCGAAUGGUUGAUCGACGACGACAAUCGUGAACUGGCCGACGAAAUCGAGGAGGUUAACGACCGUAUGUUGGAACGCUUAUUAGAUGAAUCGUCACUCUUGGUCGUAUUUUUCUAUGAAGAAGAUUGUGCAGAAUGUGAAGAGAUCCUCGAAGAGCUUGAACAAAUUGACGGAGAAGCGGACAUGUUUGGUAUUGAUUUUGUGAAAAUUGCCAGUCAUGAAGCAGCACAAAAAUAUGAAGUUAGCAGUAUUCCAGCGCUGGUUUAUUUCCGUAAACAAGUUCCGAUGCUCUAUGAUGGUGAUUUACAUCAGCAUGACCGUAUUUUGACUUGGCUCACCUCACAGGAUGUCUUCGAAAUUAAGAAUGAGAUAGAGGAGGUCAAUCGGAAAAUGUUGGACAAAUUGCUUGAAGAGAACGAAUUCUUAGCGGUUUAUUUUUAUGAAGCUGACCAUCCCGACAGUACGCUAGUCUUGGAAAAAUUGGAAAAUAUCGAUAGCGAAACCGACAAUUUGGAUAUAACAUUUGUUAAAAUGUCCGAUUCAAGAUAUGCACGCAAAUGGGGUGUCACUAAAUUACCUGCAAUCGUUUACUUUAGAAAGCGAUUCCCCAGCAUAUAUCGAGGUGAUUUGCUAUCGGAGGAUGAGGUUCUUGAAUGGUUGCGCAAAAAUCGUUUCAGGCAACCGGAGCUAAAUAUAUUCAUGUACGCUCUGAUUGCAAUUUCAGUUGCAUUCGUACUGUAUACAGCAUUUUUGCUACAAUGUUUCAAGCCACCACCUUCACCAGCACCUUCAGUUCACUAAACGCAACAGCAACGCUCUAGCAGCAGCAGUGUCACAAACGUAGACCUCUCGGGCGCUCAAUAAAUCAUUCAAUUUUCUCAUAUACAUAUACGAACGUUGGCGUGUAAAAAAAAGAAGAAAUUAUGGAUCAAAUUCAUCUGAUUCAAAGAGGCCUGAUGGACAUGCUGUAUGAUCUCCAGUAAUCACCAGUAUAUGUUUAGCUGAUGUUUUGUUGUUUGUUGUUCGUGUCAUUAUUACGAGCCAAUGUGUGCGCUUUUAUGCAAGACACUUACACACUUACACACAGCAAACGGUCCACUAAGUAUACAUAUAGGGUUUAAAACAUUUUUUUUUCUUCUCAAUUAUAGUUUAUGCUAAAACAAAAGUUGUAUUUCAAUUGUCGCCGCGUUGAAUCCUUUCCAUAUUUUUAUAGAAGUUCAUUCAGCAAUCAAUCGAAUUAUGUAAAUGUAUAAUAAAAAAAAAAUAUAUCAAUUUAUUUUCAGGUUAUUUUCAAGGUGAAGUUGAACGCAUUCGUUUCCAACAUUGCGUUUGACAAAGUCUUCUAUUUAAGAGAGAGAAAAAUGAAAAAAAAAAUUACACACACUAGAUCUUAAGUCGACCAGUUUGCAGUAGGCAAAAGCGCACAUUUGAAAUAUAAUCAAAAUGAAUUGAUACAAUAAAACAAAUAAAUGAAGCACAAAUCAAAAGACGCCGCCAAUCAAUGUUUAAUUCAAUGAAUUUUACUGUAACAAUAAAGUAAUGAUUAAAAUAUGUAAUUUAAAAACAAAACCAAAAAA